AUGCACCUCCUUCAGACUGUGGCGGCUUCGUUGCUGCUCACUGGUGCCUCGCUAUGUGUAGGAGCCAGUGAUACCGCCCAGCAGGGCUCCAAUAAGCCCAUUGCACCCAAAGUCUUCAUCGUAUCGAUGUUCCCCCCUGAAGCGAAAGCCUGGUGGAAUAUCCCUGAGUUCAACUUACUUGCCCACAACAUCACCAUCCCAGGCCUGUCACCUCUGUACCCAGAUGUCUACUGCACAGAGGACUAUGAAGUCUGCCAGCUGAUAACCGGCGAAGGCGAGAUCAAUGCCGCCGCGACCGUCACGUCCGUCGCUUUCUCGCCUCUAUUUGAUCUGACCAAGACAUACUUUUUCGUCGCCGGUAUUGCCGGCGUCAAUCCGAAGAAAGCAACCACUGCGUCAGCAACCUUUGCUCGUUACGCAGUCCAAGUCGCCCUGCAAUAUGAGAUUGACAUCCGGGAACUCCCUGAAAAUUACUCCACUGGGUAUAUCGCACAAGGGACAAAUUUCCCAGGCCAGUAUCCGACCGACAUCUACGGCACAGAGGUCUUCGAGCUAAACGCCGAUCUGCGCACGAUCGCUGCGGACUUUGCGCGCAAGGCGAAGCUCUCUGACUCCGCGACAGCUCAGGCCUAUCGCGCCCGGUACAAGACCUCCGAUGGCGAGUACAAGGCUGCAACCUUGCCUCCUAGUGUUAUUGAAUGCGACGUGGCCACCACGGACGUAUAUUUCAGUGGUAAUAUCCUCGGCUCGGUGUUUGAACACACUACCAAGGUGUGGACGAAUGGAACGGGCGAGUAUUGUUCGACCGCUCAGGAGGAUAACGCGACUUUUGAAGUCCUGCUUCGGUCUUCAAUUCACAAACUCACUGAUUUCUCUCGCAUUAUCGUGAUGCGUACGGGAUCUGACUUUGAUCGUCCCUACCCGGGUGCUUCGGCGGCCUAUAACCUCUUUGAAGCGGAGGAGCAGGGCGCUUUCGAGCCUGCUGUUGAGAAUCUGUAUAUUGCCGGUAUCAAAGUCGUGGAGGGUAUCUUGGAUGGGUGGGAUACUACCUUUAGUGCAGGUGUCAAGGCUAAUAACUAUAUUGGUGAUAUCUUCGGUUCAUUGGGUGGCGAGCCGGAUUUUGGACCUGGACGCAAGCAGGCUCUUGUUGAGGGCGGCCUUCUAAAGAAGCGAGGCUCUCGAAGCAGCUUCAAACGUCGUGUCUAG